AUGUUUUGGACGUCCGCUCAGAAAGCGCUGUUGCUGCAGCAGCAGCACCAGCAGCUGCUGCAGCAGCAGCUGUGGAGCCAGCAGCUGUUGCAGCAGCAGCUGCUGCAGCAAGCAGCUCUCGUGGGGGCCCUUCCCGGGGUCUCUUCCAUGCCUCCUCUUCCUAGUUGGUUUGGAGCUGCAUUUCCUGCUGCUGCUGCAGCAGCCGCUGCUGUGUUUCCAGCAGCAGCUGCCGCAGCAGCAGCAGCAGCAGCAGCACUUCCGCCGGAGGGGUCUCUUUCUCCAACUGCGGCGUUGCAGCAGCAGCAGCAGCAACAACAACAGGAGCAGCAACUGCAGCAGCAAAAGCAGUUGCAGCAACAGCAGCAGCAGCAAGAAGAUGCCGAGCUGCAGCGGCUAAGAGCAGAGCAGCAGCGGCGCUGGCUGGCCAACAGAAGCAGCAGCUCAUAA